GGCGGCUGUGUCCCCAAGGGCCAUUCAGGGCGGAAGGGAGCAGGGAAAACCGCUGUGUUGAUUCCCGGGCGCUGUAGGCUGCGAGCGCAGAGGGUCAGGUUACAGACAGGUGAGGCUGGCUGUUGGGUGAGCCGUGGGCUCCAGGGCAUCCCUGGUCAGACGCGCCCCCGCAGCACUCGGCAGCUGGCACACGUCUGACGACCUCCUGGAGGAGGGGGACCGCAGCGAUACAGGAGGCUGUGCCCGUUGUCCUGGGCGCACCCGAACAAGGCCUUGGGAAGGGCAGCGCGCCCCCCAACUGGGCCUGGGCCGCCUGCUCCACGACCCUCCCGAGGACUGCCGCAGCGACGGCGGCAGCAGCAGCGGCAGCGGCAGCAGCAGCGCGGGGGAGCCUGGAGGAGCCGAGAGCAGCUCGUCCCCGCACGCCCCCGAGCGCGAAACCCCCGAGCCCGGCGACGCCGAGGGCCCCGAUGGACACCUGGCGGCCAAGCAGCGCCCGGUCGCCAGAUCGAAAAUCAAGUUCACCACAGGCACGUGCAGCGACUCAGUGGUUCACAGCUGCGACCUGUGUGGCAAGGGCUUCCGUCUGCAGCGCAUGCUGAACCGUCACCUCAAGUGCCACAACCAGGUGAAAAGACACCUGUGCACCUUCUGCGGCAAGGGCUUCAACGACACCUUCGAUCUGAAGAGGCACGUCCGCACCCACACAGGCAUUCGUCCCUAUAAAUGCAACGUCUGCAAUAAAGCCUUCACCCAGCGCUGCUCUCUGGAGUCCCACCUGAAGAAGAUCCACGGGGUGCAGCAGCAGUACGCCUAUAAGCAGCGGCGGGACAAGCUCUACGUCUGCGAGGAUUGCGGCUACACGGGCCCCACCCAGGAGGACCUGUACCUUCACGUGAACAGUGCUCACCCAGGCAGCUCGUUUCUCAAAAAGACAUCUAAAAAACUGGCAGCCCUUUUGCAGGGCAAGCUGACAUCUGCACACCAGGAGAAUACCAGCCUGAGUGAGGAGGAGGAGAGGAAGUGAGGAGAAGGAAGGGGAGGACAGACGUUCACACUGCCACGUAUGUCUACGUGGAUUUUUGGUUUUCAGUGUCCCCCACCCCGCUGGCUCUUCUUAAUUAGAAGUGACCAGUUCACCUCUGUGUCCUUUUGAAACAUCAGCAGUAGGGUCCGUUCCAAGGUUGUCAGUUACCGUAGUGACAUCAGGCCCUGUAACCUGUGUCUUGUCUGGCGCAGUUGCUCGCAUUCACCAAAGUUUGUUUUCCAUGAUCCUGAUGGCCAAGAGCACCGUGUGGGAUUCUUUUUCCCCCCCAAGGAUUUUCACACAUGGAAGGAGAGGUAUUUCUUAGAGAGAUCAUCAUUUUAUGGUGCCUUGAAAUAAAAAUACUUCUACUUGAAAUGCUGUUUAAGCAAGGAAAAUGUAUUUUGUUAUUCUGAAAGAGUUUACAGAAACUAUUUUAAUAAAUGAAAUGUUCUUGUGAAGCUUUUAAAAGCAAAAUGGAACAUUGA